AGAGGGCCUUUGACGUCAGCUCAGCCUUUAAGAGGCCGCCCGUAAGGGCUGCGAGACAGAGUCCUGGACCCCCACGCCACAUCAUGCCCACACCCAGCGCCACCACGCCGCAGCCCAAGGGCUUCCGAAGGGCCGUCUCAGAGCUGGACGCCAAGCAGGCAGAGGCUAUCAUGUCCCCACGUUUCAUCGGGCGGCGGCAGAGCCUCAUCGAGGAUGCCCGCAAGGAGCGGGAGGCGGCGGCGGCGGCGGCAGCAGCAGCAGCAGCAGCGGCAGCCUCCUCUGAGCCCGGAGACCCCCUGGAGGCCGUGGCGUUCGAGGAGAAGGAUGGGUGGGCCCUGCUGAGCCUGCUCUUCUCCCUGAAGGGCACCAAGCCCUGCUCGCUGUCCCGGGCCGUGAAGGUGUUUGAGACAUUUGAAGCCAAGAUCCAUCACCUGGAGACCCGGCCAGCCCAGAGGCCACGGGCAGGGAGCCCUCACCUGGAGUACUUUGUGCGCUUUGAAGUGCCCAGCGGGGACCUGGCGGCCCUACUCAGCUCUGUGCGCCGGGUGUCAGAUGACGUGCGCAGUGCCGGGGAGGACAAGGUCCCAUGGUUCCCAAGGAAGGUGUCGGAGCUGGACAAGUGUCACCACCUGGUCACCAAGUUUGAUCCUGACUUGGACUUGGACCAUCCGGGCUUCUCGGACCAGGUGUACCGCCAGCGCCGGAAGCUGAUCGCCGAGAUCGCCUUCCAGUACAAGCAUGGUGAACCCAUUCCCCGAGUGGAGUACACAGCCGAGGAGAUUGCCACCUGGAAGGAGGUCUACAGCACCCUGAAGGGCCUGUACGCCACCCACGCCUGCCGCGAGCACCUGGAGGCCUUCCGGCUGCUGGAGCGCUUCAGCGGCUACCGCGAGGACAGCAUUCCCCAGCUGGAGGACGUCUCACGCUUCCUGAAGGAGCGGACGGGCUUCCAGCUGCGGCCUGUGGCUGGCCUUCUGUCGGCCAGGGACUUCCUGGCCAGCCUGGCCUUCCGUGUGUUCCAGUGCACCCAGUACAUCCGCCACGCCUCCUCACCCAUGCACUCGCCAGAGCCGGACUGCUGUCAYGAGCUGCUGGGGCACGUGCCCAUGCUGGCUGACCGCACGUUCGCACAGUUCUCCCAGGACAUCGGCCUUGCGUCCCUGGGAGCCUCAGAUGAGGAAAUCGAGAAGCUAUCCACGCUGUACUGGUUCACGGUGGAGUUCGGGCUGUGCAGGCAGAACGGGGAGCUGAAGGCCUACGGCGCAGGGCUGCUGUCCUCCUACGGGGAGCUCCUGCACUCCCUGUCUGAGGAGCCUGAGAUCCGGGCCUUCGACCCUGAGGCUGCUGCUGUGCAGCCCUAUCAAGAUCAGACCUACCAGCCCGUCUACUUCGUGUCUGAGAGUUUCAGUGACGCCAAGGACAAGCUCAGGGGCUAUGCCUCUCGAAUCCAGCGCCCCUUCUCUGUGAAGUUUGACCCAUACACGAUGGCCAUCGAUGUGCUGGACAGUCCCCAUACCAUCCGUCGCUCGCUGGAGGGUGUCCAGGAUGAGCUGCACACCCUGACCCAGGCAUUGAGUGCCAUCAGCUAGGUGCAUGGUGCAUGA